GGCGGUAACGUUUUGGGUCUUGAUCCGAUCACUGGAGUUGCCGUUGAAGAUGGCGGCUCUGUCGUCAGCCACGGCAGGAUUAUGACCAUUGGGGAUGGCAGAGACUCAAAUAUAUAUUCUGGCUCGGAUUCUGCUCUAAAUCGGGUGGCUAAAAAGCCUCUAUCCUUUACGAUGGCUCCUGAGAAGCAGCUUACUGAUAGUUUUGGACCCUGUGAGAGUUGUGACCUCGACACGACUCCUGAUUUAGGCUUGCCGUCAAUUCGCUCCAGAAGCUUAGCCAAAUCCGAGCCUACUGCAACUAUAAAUGCUACGGAUGCUGCAAAAUCUGCUACAGAGACCGAUUUUGAUGAACAAUUUUGGGCAAGUGCGGAAAGAGUGUACCAGAUGAAUAAUGAUGGUGACAAAAUAAACUUAAAUGGCCAUACACUGUUACAUAAUAGUGACUGUCAAACUGAUUCAAUUUUGCCCGUUACAGAUUUUGGGGAUAUUGUAUUCACUACAAGGCAUGAGCUUAUAAAAUGUACCAAUCCUGAAAUUGAAGAGACAAUAGGAGAUUAUAUUGGGCCUGAAAAUGCAGCAAAACCGGAAUCCGAUUACAGCCAAGCUUUACUCCUGAACAAUGCUCAGCAUGUAGAAAGCUUAAGAAAUGGUGGACUGGACAAUAACACUGCUAUGCAUGAACUGGCAUCUCCUGUUCACCAAAACACCACAGCUGGCAUCAGCGACUCCUUUAGAUUGCCUACUCCACCUCCCUCUCUCUUAUUUCCAUCUAUUUGCUGUUGUGCUACUUCCACCUUAACAUCUACCCAAACUUCACCAACCUCAUCAACUAGUUUGCUCCGCCCCCUUGACUAUAUGCCUUCUGCUGAAUUGGCGAACACUACUAUCGGGACACCAAUCAGCCCUCGAUCCACUCAGGCCGCACAGCAGAUCGUCGAAUCUGAACUCUCACCGGCCGACAGUAGUUUUGAUUAUGGCUACACCGGCGCCAGGAUUUCUGGUACAUUGACUGAUGUUUACAGCCCUGUGCUUGAUAGUCACCCGAUUCCCCCGUGUUCGAUUGCUAGCUCGAUGCUGAGGUCAUCUGACGUACAUCUGUCCAAUUUACAAUCAGUUUGCGAAGCGCAGUCAUUGCAGCCAACACUGAUGAAUACCUUUUCUAGCUUAGAAGAGGAGGCCAAAGUCCGUUUGCGUCAAGAUGGAGGUAAACUAAAUUCACUUGUUCUCUGCGCUAACGAAGAUGAUACUCAACCAGGAGCAAAGCCGUUAGGCAGAGGGCCGAUCGGAGUACCAAUUCGACGUCCGGUGCUCCAGCGUUGGCUGGAUGGAACAAGCUAUCAGUAUUCUCAUCCUAAUAUCAACUGCUCCGAAGUUAUCGACUGCCAUUCCGGAACUUCGCAAGAUACUUUACCUUCCAGACUCAGGGAGCCAAAAGAGAAUGGGCCGAACUCCAUAAGUGUGGCCAGCCAAACUCUUCCAUUUGAAACUAAGGAACGUUCUUCACAAGCGAUGAGACAUCUCCUUUUGGGUGUAGAAUAUAGUCGGAAAGAAGAGGGUAUGAUACAUGUGCACACAGACGAGGGUCAAGGGCAACAUAUCCGGCGCCUCUCGACCAAUGGGACUGGCAUCAGCCUCCUGGCCACUUCUGAUACUCUCGGUGCACCCAGCCCCACCUCAGAUCUAUUAGAAGUUUCUCAAGCCAAUUGCAAUGAAACUUGCCGAGCCUAUCUUAGCCCAAUUAAUACCAGUGACUCUUUUGUGAACUCAACGGCCGAAAAGAAAAUAGCUCUAGGUUGCAUGGUAACUGCGCCGUCACAAGAACCCAAGGCAGAUUCUGUCCGCCCUAUGACAGGCAUUAAGAGUCGGUCACAGUCGAUAAAUAAUCUAGCCUCUGAGCAGCAAGGAAAGGCGGAGUCCAGUGGUUUAGCGUCGAAGUCUGGCUCUUUGGCUAGUUUGCGCAAAGAUCUGUCUGAAUCUGACGUACACCGGGAAGUAUAA